GAACUGUGGCGCGAACUUGUUUCAUCGCUUCAGCGCGAAAUUCUUGGCGGCAAGGACAUUAAAAUGAUUUUCACAUAGCCAGAGUUUGCAGUAUGAACCUUGUUUCGGCCCUCCUAGUGCUGAUAGUCGCUCAACUGCGCACGGCCCAAGUCUAUGCGGGACCCGACCACACGCCAAUCGCGUUGUGCAGCGACUUAUAUCAUGCUAUAAAGCCAGAGCACCGGCACCUGGCGCGAGACUCUGUACAGGCGCUGCAGGCAUUAGAGUCCUACAUCGGCCAGGCCAAGCUGGGUCGGCCGCUGCCGGCCAACAGCAAUGCCACCGCGCCGCCCACGGCCCCGGCGCUGGAGGGCUGGCUGGCCGGGAACUACUCCCGCCUGCAGCAGCUGCUGGAUGGCUCGGGCGCGUCACAGCGGCUGGGAGGCAGCUCGGCCGCUGUGACUGCGGCCAAGACCUGCCUGUCCGCGAGGCUGCACCCGGACGGCUUCGCGGGCCGCCCCGUGGUGUCCAUUUUGCUCAACUACUUCAAGCGACCCGGCGUCAUUCCGCGCAUUGCGGAGGCCAUGCGCCAGUCGUGCGACUCGGUGCAGAUAGCGUGUGAGAUCUCUGUAAAUGUGGACAACCCGCAUGAAGCCGAACUGUGGGCGAGCCAGGUGCGCGCCUUCGUGCCCGGCUUUGUGAUGCCGGCCUUCUCCGCCAACCUGCACGAGGCGCGUGGAUACAACCGGGCCGCCAAGCUGGCGCGAGGGCGCUACCUGAUCAUCUGGCAGGACGACCAGUUCCCCCCGGCGCACGGCAAAUGGCUGCUCGACAUGAUCCGGGUGUUUGACGCCUACCCGCAGCUAGGGAUCCUGGGCAUGAACACCUACCGCCUGUGCAAGAACCGUGAGAUGACCAACCGCUGGGGCAGCACCGUGUGGCGGGUGGACCCGCGCACAGGCGUGUCCUGGACCUUUGCGCAGCAUGUGGACUUUGCGCCCCUGGCUGUGCGUGCCUCCAUCUACCACGAGGUGGGCGGGCUGGAUGAGAACACGGCGCGGCCGGGCGACUGCGGCAUCUGGGGCGACUGGGAGCUCACGUCGCGCGCCUGGAUGGACGGAUGGCAGGUGGGCUUCAUGUAUGUGGACGGCCGCGGCGGCGAUGGCGAGCCCGGCGGCACGCACCUGGGCUCGAGCGCGGAGAAGUGCUGGGGGCGGCAGCAGUGGGUUGCCAUGAACCUGUUCGCGCGCAGGUUCGACCACGUGAACGACCCCCUGUGCGACCGGGUGUGGCUGCUCAACAUGCUGCACCACACCCUGCCCGCCGGCCUGCCCUGCCCCUACAACAUCUCGGCGGCUGACGGCAGCUACGACACCCGCUUCGGCAACUGCAGCGCUCUGCUGCCCAUGGCGCGCGAGCAGGCGCGGCAGGAGCUGGCGGCGCUGGAGGCAGCGGCGGUGGUGCGCGUCGGCGGCGCCUACUCGGCGGCAGCGCCGCUGCCGCCGUUGCAACGGCGGUCCAGGGCGCGGGUGCAGCGGAGAACGGCGCUGAGGCGGCGCGUGCUGGGGCUGGGGCUGGGUGUUGAGGCGGGGGCGGAGGUAGGGGAAGAGGUGGGGACGGAGGAGCUGAGAGGCGGGGCGGUGGGGAUAGAGAGUGAGUGGGGAAGUGGUGAGGGUGAGGUGCAGGGGAUAGGGGAGGCGUCUGCAAACGGGCCCGAUCGAGUCGGUGUCGAGUGGUGACCAUGUGCACACAAAACUCUUUAUACUUUUCAGAACGCUGAAGUAAUCGACGUUCUUACUCGGCGCAGCAGCUUGCCGAGGCAUUUGGUCGAACUCUGCGGUUUCAUUUUGCACUUGACCAGGUCGAUAGGGUUCCUUUCGGCACUGU